GAUUUCAAACCUUCAUACUUCAUCACGGUGUCCGACUGCGGGCAACACGAUGAACUCCCACUUACUUUAUUAGCAUGUGCUGAGGAUGCGCCUGGCCACUUCCCUGAGGAGCCAGUAUAUUUAUAUUUACGGAGUUUAGAUGCCAUUUCAGUUGUAACUACUGGUCCGUUUUUUUUCCAUUGGUCAUUGUAAGACUCCUUGUGCUUGCCUCGAAAGGUUGUGCGUUAAAACUUUUAUUUUUGAAUUUGAAUAUUUAGGUGCAAUGGCCUCUCAAAUAGCAAAGGUAUUGCUGUCAUUGGAUGCUGAAGCAGUUGGUUCACUCAAAGAAGGAGUGAAUUUCAAGAAAAGCCCAGAGGAUGGCAAGUGUUACAUCAUAUUUAAGAGCAACAAUGACUUUAAAGCAUGCAAGAACCAGUGCAAGCAUCAAGGGGGGCUGUUCAUCAAAGACAUUGAAGAUCUGGAUGGCAUGACUGUUAAAUGUACCAAACACAACUGGAAAUUAAAUGUGUCAACAAUGAAAUAUGUGAACCCACCUGACAGCUUCUUGCAGGAUGAGCUUGAGGUAUCAAUGUUGGAUGAUGGGGGGCUUCAGUUGGUGGAACUGAGCCCCAUUGAUCCCUGGAUGGCUGAUCCUCGAGAACCUCUGGAGCUCCAGAAGGGAGAAGUGAAACUGUCUGUGUGGCUGGUCUCCACCUGGUCGAACAUCCUGGAGGUGAACAUGCUGGGUGUGGAGGUCCUGGGUUGGUGUGGUUACAUGGGGUCUGCGAUUAUGAGGCCCGUUACUGCCAAAUUCUCUGACACUGCUUUGAAGAUGGCUUAUGGCAGAGAAAUGAACAUUCACUUCACAGGCAACAAUUCUG